AUGAAUAUCUUCACUUCUCUUUUUCUCAUUCUCAAAAAAGGUCGCCGGAAUUCUCCCCCGGAAACAAAACCGGUACCUACGCCGGCAGUGGAGGUGGUGGUCACCGUGGAGGCGGGCAGUGAAGCUAGUCGUCUCUGUGGUAGCUCUGAAGAAGAAAAUGAAACUGUCUUUCUUUCUAUUUUCAGGAUCCUUCUCCAUACCGCCUCUACCUCGGCUACCCACCGCCUUUUUUUGGGUUCGAUCUAUUCCACCUCAGUGGGUAGUGGGUUUCAGGCUUUGGUAUUCCUUCACCGACGAUUCUUCUGGUCAUCGCCAUCAUCUUCAGCCGACAUCAACACCAGCGACCCACCCCCGACGGACCACCACCGAUCGCUCGCCGCCUCACCCCCUUCACCGCCACGGACCACCGUCGUCGUCGACCGCAUGCUGAUGCUUUGCUCACAACCAUCGGACCUGCACAACGUUGGUAAUCAAACAACAGUUGGUAAACCUGGCCAGGGCUUCUAA